CAAUAUAUUAUAUAAAAAGAAGAAAAAAAUAGAGACAGAAAAUGGGACGACACAUCGAUUAUGGCAUGUGAGGGUGUGUACAAUGAAGCCAAGCAUGGUCCGACACUUCGGUCACGAGAAUAGCCGUUGACAAACGCGUUCGUUCUUCCUUUAAUCCUCACCUCAUUAUUAUUUCUUUCCACAAAACUUUAUAUUUAACUUUAGAACAUUAGAAAUUAUUAUUAAAUACAACAAUGUCGAAAAACAAUAAUAACAACAACAAUAAUAAUAAUGACCUUCAUGUCAAUAAGAUUAAAAUCCAUGCUUGUUACUUUUACCUUUCAACUUCCAAUUUUGCCCUCCCAAACUCCCUUUAUAUUCAUCCACAGUCCUUCCUCUUCCCAAUCUCUCUCUCUCUCUCUCUCUCUCUCUUUCUCAUAUGGCCUCCAAACUUUUCACCUCCAUCUACCCUUUUCUCUUCCUCUUCCUCUUCUUUUCCUCCUCCUCAACCACCCCCGUAGCUGCUCGGCCGGUUCCCGGUUUUUCAAACGCUUUUCUCGGUACUUCUCGAGAUGGGGUUGUGGAUGAUGUUUUGGAGGAGGAGAGUUGUGAUGAAAUUGGAGAAGAUUAUUGCUUGAUGAGGAAAACUGUUGCAGCUCAUGUUGAUUAUAUCUACACAGAUAGCCAGAAGCCAUGAGAUAUUAUUUAGUUUUCACUUUUGUCCCAAUUGUACAUUCUCACCAGUUUUUAAUAAAUAGAUUUUGAGGGAAAAUUAAAAUGAAAAAUGGUGACAAAAGACAAGACAUUCUUUUGUAUUUUUCUCUUCA